ACAGUGAACGGGAACACAAAGUGCAAAGGCUCUAACUGUCCAGGACCAGCCACUCUCUUACCUCCAACCGUCGUCAGUGCAAACACACCAGCUACUCUUGUCCCACCAACUGCAAUUGGCCCAGUGACCACCACCAAUCACACCACCCACCCUCCGGCCAAUCACACCACCCACCCUCCGGCCAAUCACACCACCCACCCUCCGGCCAAUCACACCACCCACCCUCCGGGCAACCACACCACCCACUCUCCGGGCAAUCACACCACCCACUCUCCGGGCAAUCACACCACCCACUCUCCGGGCAAUCACACCACCCACUCUCCGGGCAAUCACACCACCCGAGCUGUGUUACCCACAAGUGUGAGUCCGAGUCCUUCUCCAGAGCGAGCCGUUGGAAGGUACAAUGUGACCAACAACAAAACGGUCUGUGCGAUGGCAAAGUUAGGGAUACAAUUCCGGGUCCAAUAUCAAACUGCAAAAAAACACACGGCCUGGGGAGUGUUCUUUAUUGAGCCCAACAGGACUGUGGCCACUGGGACAUGUAGCACCGGGUCAGUCAUCAUGAACCUCACUUUCCCAGAAGGAUUCCUUAUUUUCACUUUCAAGAAGGACAGCAAGCAACGAACCUUCUAUCUGAGUGGCGUUCACAGUGAGCUGACAUACAGGUUUCCUGGUGCAGCUGGUGAGUUCACAUCCCCUAUAACUUAGCCCCCACUUGGUCAU